AUGCCAAGACAGUCAAUCAAAGAGAUUUACUCUCAGUAGGGUAAGAUGCAAAUUACCUCUUACUAUCAAAGACCUAGAGAUUUAGAUAUACCUAGUGAACCGACUAGUGAAAUGACUUACAAUUCUCAAAUGUGCCAUGACUAAGAUGCCCCAGUACCAGAUGAUGCAGAAAUCGAAAAGCAUCUUGAUUAAUAUAUCUAUGAUGAUGUCAUGAAGACACCAAUCUUAGCAAGAAGGAGAAUGAAAAAGCUGAGACCUCAGCAGAUAUAAAAGCAGCAGUUUAAGGAGUUUACAUAGAUGUAUAGGACCUCCUUGUAAUAUAGGGAGUGGAUAGAUUACAUCGAAGACUAGAAAGCUAAUAAGCCGGCAGUGUGCCUAACCUGCUGGCAAUUUGUAAGUGAUUAGCAAAAGAAUAUGCACCUAGCUUACGGACAUAUAUGCAUUGACAAGAAUACAGUGACUACCGAGGCUAGAUUCAUGCAUUAUGCAAAGUUAUGGAAAAGAUACACCUGGGAUGAAAUAAUAUUCAUCUUUGCUCCUCAAAAUGGCGAGUUUUUCGACAGAAACAAGAUGCAGAUAAUUAAUAUGUUGAGUCAUGACAUGAAAUCCUGCAGAGAGAACAAGGGUAAUAUGAAAGGCUAGCCCCCAUUUCUAAGUGCACCCCUAGUACCCUUCAAUAUGAUACCUCAGAGUGCAAGUCCAUUAGCCAUAGUCUAACGUAUUCAAAGGGAAAACUAGCAAAGAGCAUUAGCAGACAGCAAUAUUUUAGCUAUAGAAAAUACUAAAGAGAACCAGCUGAAGAUGAAAUUCGGGUCUAUGGUUCAGGGCUACAACAAUGAUAACAGAGAUGGCUUAUGCUAGAUCUUGGCUUAGACAAUGAUGAAUAUGAAGUACGUAAUGGAGGCACAGGAUGACAUGCUGCAUAAACUCAACUUGCUUAUGAUUAAAAAGGAGAAAAUUGUGUUUUAAAAGUCAAUAUUCAGUGCACUUGAGACUUAACAGGAGGUGCUGGAGAUACCAAUUGACUAGGCCAAAAGAAGAAUAAACGGCAGACCUCCUAGGAAGAGAGGCAAGAAUGCUUAUGCUGCGGGUUUGGCAGCUAUGUAUAAAAGAAUCAGUGGAGAAGAUGCUUCAUAUAUCCCUCUAAACCGUAAAUAUGACAAUGAACUGGACCCUGAUGAUGAGAGUUUCAUGCCUGAUCCUGACUUAGCAGAUCCUCUCACUUUUGACGGAGCUGCAGCUAUCGAUGCAGGACUGAGACUCUACUACCCUAAUGAGCCUCAAAACACUGGAUACAACAAGCAUGAUUGGGUAAAGGUGGGGUCUACUGAAUAUUACGUGUUUAUCAAGCAACUAUAAGAAAGAGUGGAUUCGAAAAGGGGGCACUCGCAGAUCUGUCUCAGCUGCUGGAAAUUCAUCUCAAAUCAUUAACAGCGACAGCAUGAACAGGCUGGUCAUUAAUGCGCUAAGGCUUAAACUAUAAGGGACGAUAACUCUUUUAUGCUGAAUGCCAAAUCGUUCGGAAGAAUCACCCCCGAAGGUUAUGUUUAGAAAUUCUCUUAACAAGAUCGAAUACAUUUCCAAAAGAACAGCCUAAUAUCAGCUGGCAACUGUAUUGGCAAGACUUCAAAUUAGUCUGGAUAAUUGAAUGGACAGCCAGCUAAUUUGCAGUAAAAAGGAAACUAGGCGCUGGUCGCUAUGAAUUAGAUGACCUAUGACUUGACUCCAAAGCCGUAGGAGUACAGUAUGAAGCCCAUUCAAUAUAAUGGUUCAGUAAACUUUGCCUUUGAGUCUGAGGAAAAGGAGAAAAUAGUGAAUUGCUUGAAUAAAUUCAAGGACAAGAUGAAGUACCUGGAAGAUAAACUAGGCGAGAUGGCUUACUAUAUGAAAAUUCUAAAUGAAAGAAUCGAAUACAGAUAAGAAUCGCACAUUAGGAAUGAAUUGAUGCUGCAAUAGCAGUAAUGCUAUGGAUUGAAUGAUUACUAUGAUGACGGAGGAGGUGGUAGGAAUGGAGUAAUGAAUAUAAAAAUGCACAAACAGAUAUUCAUGAACAAGGGCACUGGAAGAACAAAGAAAUUUUCAAAUAAUGCAAUCGGAUCUGAACUUGGGGAGAUGAAUAAGCAUUCAGAUGAAAACUCAACUUAUGUGGGUGAACCAGCAGUUCAUAACUAGGAAAACUAACUUUAAGUAUAUAAGCAGAGCCCAGAGAAUUAAGUGUUUGUAGGAGCUGAGCUGGGUGCUAGGUCAGAAAGAGGUACAGAAAUCAAUAACUGCUAUCAGCAGUUCCAAACUCAAGAAAUGGAUCUAGAGGAUUACCUGGAAAACAGUGCUUGCAGAGAAGUAGUAGAUCCUUUGUUUAAUGGGCAAUACUAUGAUUAAAGACCAGCUUAUAAAAGUAUCAGGGAUGACACAGUGAGAAUAGGUUCUGAAGAUUAUUGGGAUUUCAUUAACAGAUUAGAGUAAAUUAUGGACAGAAGAAUUGGAAAUCACUUCAUAUGCCUUAGUUGCUGGAAGUUUGUGAGUCUCAUGCAAUAAAAAUAGCAUCAAAGAGCAGGUCAUCAGUGCUCCAAAGAAUGUGCAAUUCAUGACGAUCCUUCCUUUAUGCAGGCUUCGAGAACUUUUGGCAAGAUCUCUCUCAAUGGCUGUGUUUAGAAACUUGCCCCCUAUGAAAGGAAUAAUUUUAUAAAGCAUGCAAGGACUAAGAAUGGCUACGCGAUACCAAUGAAGGAUUUUUACAAGAAUCAGAUAAUAAUGAAUGAAAAAGGUAAGCCUCCUUAUUUGUCACAACCCUUGACUCCCAUGAACAUGGUACCUUAUAACAAUGGCAGCUCUUGGAGUGGUUGCGUCAAAAGAGAAGAUGAGUUUAGGAAGCAUUUUGAAACAGGACCUUUCUGUGAACUUACUGCCCCAAAGCUGGCGGACCAAGACAACAUCAAUGUGAUUAAGGAUAAAAAGGAUGUGCUAGCAAGUAUGGCAAAGAUACACAAGAGGCUUGAAGAUACUGAGGAAAUGCUUGUAGAUAUGCUGCACAAGAUAAGACUAAUUGUGAUUAAAGAUGAGAUUGAAAACCCUGAAGCUGUAUAGCAGAAUGAAAGUCUCGUUCAGCUCAUUGAGAUCAAAUAGUCUCAGCUGCAAAUGAUGAGAGAUAUAUUCAAUGAGAAAGAAGAGUCUAAGUCAAAUAUUAAAAAUAGCUGA